GCCCGCCCGCGCAGACCUAGAGCGCGGCCGCGGACGAAGAUGGCGACCGCCAUGUACUUGGAGCACUACCUGGACAGCAUUGAGAACCUUCCGUGUGAGCUUCAGAGGAACUUCCAGCUCAUGCGAGAGCUGGACCAGAGGACAGAAGAUAAGAAGGCAGAGAUCGACAUCCUGGCUGCAGAGUAUAUAUCCACAGUGAAGACACUUUCUCCAGACCAGCGUGUGGAGCACCUGCAGAAGAUCCAGAGUGCCUACAGCAAGUGUAAGGAGUACAGUGAUGAUAAGGUGCAGCUGGCCAUGCAGACCUAUGAGAUGGUGGAUAAACACAUUCGAAGGCUUGAUGCGGACCUGGCGCGCUUUGAAGCAGAUCUGAAGGACAGGAUGGAGGGCAGUGACUUUGAGAGCUCUGGAGCACGAGGGUUAAAAAAAGGUCGAGGUCAGAAAGAAAAAAGAGGCUCCCGGGGUCGUGGCAGGAGGACCUCAGAGGAAGAUACUCCAAAGAAAAAGAAGCACAAAGGAGGGUGAGAGGCUCUUUUCCUUGUCUCUUUCUCCCCAAAGGUUACUUGGCAUCAGUAUUUCCUUAGCAUCUAGAAACACCAAUGGCAGCUAACAGCGAGGAAGUGCUUCCUGCGUGCCCGCGGUGGGUGUAGUUCUGCAUGCUUUCCGCGUGCAGGCUCCGGCUCUGCUGUGCUCGGCAGCCCGACGGGGUUCCCAGGGGGCGAGACCGGCCCUAGGUUUUACAGCUCCUGUGUGGGAGAGCUGGGUGUGCACGGGGUGGUCUGACUCCACAACCCAUGCUCUUGGCCGCUGUGUGUCCUGCCUCUUGAAUGACACUAUAUUUAUUGGCAGUUCAGGCUAAGCCACGCUUUAACAGCUCAAUAUAUAGCCGUUCAUUGUUUUAUGUAUAAAUAUAUAUUUUGGAUAUAUUUGUUAUUAAGUUGCAUGACUGCAUUUAUUAAAUAUAUGUGUUAUUUACCUUGAACUUCAGAAUAUUUCAUUUAAAGCUUUCUCCCACCUGCUUCCCUCAUCCCCCAAGCUACUGUGUUGCUCCACAGAAGUGAUUUUUAGAGUACAGAGAAAACAGUAAAGUGCCCAAUGGCUUCCGUGGACAUGGUUUUGACAGUUAGGGGGAGAUCUCAGAGAGUCAGUUCUUGACCAAAAAAAGGGAGAAGUUUUGGUUCUUAAACCUGGUGUUUAAACUUUUAAGAAAAACGCCAAAUGCCAUCUUGCAGUGUGCACAUGCAGAAUAAACAUGUAGUUUAAUGAAUUACUCUCAGGCACAUCCUUGCCUGUCACUUACUGCUAUCAGUAACACUUUCUUGUACCUGUCAAAACCAUAACCGCCUUCCUUUGCCCAGGUAAACAAGACCCAGACUUAUGUGGUGUUUAUUUCCCUUCUUUGUAGUGUUAUCCCCAACAUGUGCAUUCCUGGACACUGUAGUU